GGCUGCGAGAGGACGCAGUUUCGCGUGACAGACGUUAUUCUUGAACGAGGCACGGCGAACCGUGUGCGGGUCGAGCGCAUUUCACCGCAAGAGCGUUGUGUUUUUACUACGUCGCGGAAGGAUCUAAUUUUCUCAAGCGAGGGUCGACACAUCCGCCCAGUUUUCCGAUGUUUCAUUCCCCCCGAGUUGAAAAUGGAGUUCGAUUAAAGCAGAUGUCCAGCAAACUUCUCAAGGAGAUUUUCAAGUGUAUCACGCUUUUUUUUAACUUCACGCGUCGGCGUUCGUAGCUGAAAACAAGCCGAAGCCCUUUUUUUGUCGGCUUUGGAUGCCUUUACUGCAAAUUACUCGGACACGUUGACUGAGCAGCGCUCCACAGCGCUUUUUCAAGUGUUGUCCUGGACCCUGAAGUUGGCGAAUGGAUGCUCGACAGCCAGCCAUAAAUAACCUGCCAAACCUUCCAGUCUGCAGCGAUUCCUACACGUUUUGAGGAUCUAUUCACGUUUUUUUUUUUUUAAAUUUUUUUUUAUUUUGCGAAGCGGUGGAUCUCUGUUUUUUUUCCCCCCCGUUGAAGAGGAUGAUGCCGAUGGCCCAUUUGUUGUGGUCGGAUUUUACUUCCAGGGAGGAUAAAAUGAAUCAACGGUUGUCAUUCCUCCUCGCGAUUUAACGUUAGUUCCAGCCAGCGAGGCUAACGUUCGAGCUAGCUUCCAACUCCGGUUCUCGCAGGGACGCUUUAGCCCAGGCAUGCCCCCAUUGUACGCCGCUCACCCACCAUCCGAAACACGGGGUUGAUUUCUACAUGUGAAAGGGGGAAAAAUGGUGAUAUUUGUGGCAUUUUAUCCCGCCGUCACUGCGUCGUCGAUGCUAUUGCUAGGAUUUGGAUCCCCGUGAGGAAAAAAAUGAGUGAAGAUUCAACAAAUCCAAACAACGAUGACAGUUAUGCGCGUGUGAGAGCAGUGGUCAUGACUCGGGAUGACUCCAGCGGUGGGUGGCUUCCCCUGGGGGGCGGAGGUCUUAGCUGUGUCACCGUCUAUAAGGUCAGCAGGGCGGAGGACAGCAGCAGCACCCACAGUGGAGGCAGCGGAGGCAGCAGCAGCAACCUCAGCCCGUGUAGCCCCAGCCCUAGUCCCAGCCCCAGCCCUAGUCCCAGCCCCACCGCCGUGGAGUUCCACAUCAAGGGCGAGAGGCUCAAAGACAAAUUGGUGGUCCUGGAGUGUGUGCUGCAGAAAGACGUAGUAUACAACAAGGUCAACCCCAUCUUCCACCACUGGAGGAUCAACAACAAGAAGUUCGGACUGACUUUCCAGAGCCCCGCUGACGCCCGUGCCUUUGACCGGGGCAUACGUCGGGCCAUCGAGGACAUCAACCAAGGUUGUCGGUCAUUUGGGGAAGGGGAUACUCCUGAGGAUGGGCUACCGGUGUGUGAUGAGCCUCCUUCCAUCUGUACCCCAAUGAAGGAGCCCUUCUCUCCGCUGAACAACGUCGUCUCCACCGAGCCAUUCAGGGGCUGCUACGUCCGCGCCCAGCCUUUCGACGAGUUCCCCUCGAGCAACCGCCGCUACCUGCCUCCACAGGUCUCCUUUAAGUCAACUCGUCAUGUCAGCUUUCACAUGGACGAUGAGGAGAUUGUUCGCAUCAACCCGCGCAAAGACGUUCUCAUCCGUGGCUACGAGGACUACCGCCACCCUGUCAUGUGGAAGCAGGAGGCCGACCGUGAGGACCUGGACUUCCCCACCGCCUUUCACAAACUGGACAGUAAGAAGUGCGAGUACCUCUUCCCCGACGGCCCUGGUGGGGACUCCCACUCUGGCCCUGGUAUGGGCAUUGGGACGGGUAUGGGGCUCGGGCUGGGCAAAGACACGGCCAUCAAGACUCAGCCCUCGCCCCUGCUGAAGUCCAAGAAGGGCAGGCGGCGGCGAGAGGACGGCGAGCGUUCGCGCUGCAUCUACUGUCAGGAGAUGUUUAACCACGAAGACAACUGGCGGGGGCAGUGCCAAGACGCCCCCGACCCAAUCAAGCAGUGCAUCUACAAAGUCAGCUGCAUGCUGUGCGCAGAGAGCAUGCUGUACCACUGCAUGUCCGACUCCGAGGGCGACUUCUCAGACCCCUGCUCAUGUGACACAUCUGACGAGCAGUUCUGUCUGCGCUGGCUCGCCCUGGUGGCGCUCUCCUUCAUUGCGCCCUGCAUGUGCUGCUACCUGCCCCUGCGCGCUUGCCACCACUGUGGCGAGGCCUGCCGCUGCUGCGGGGGCAAGCACAAGGCCGCGGGGUGACCUGACGGACGGACUCUGGGACACCCUCAAAGCUAGCUAACACAGGAAGUGGAUAAAAGCGGAAUAAUUAAAAGCCGGCAUCCUUUUUUCAUUCCCUCUCAGACGGGGUGAUAUGUUGUUGAUCCCCAGCUCUGAGGGCUUUUGGAGAUUUCAGUUUGUGUUUGUCGCCGACAAGCAGCAGUGGAGGACAAACCAUAUGCUUUGUGGGGGCUCUGAGCAUCAAGCUAAGUUCAGGAGCUUAAUCCGAGGAGAACAGGAGGAGGCGUCAAGAUUAAUAGACUUGGAGAUGUUACUAAACACACCUGUACACACACACGCAUACACACACACAUACACACACACCUCUCUCUCACAUUCUCACUCAUGCAUUGACAAAGCCAGGCCACAAAUGUCAGAACUCUACUACAAGUAAUGUGUAACUUUAUGAAGGAAAAUUGUCUUUUGUACAGAGAGUGACACCUUGAUGACAAAAAGAAAAACAAAACUAUUCUGCGUUCUGAAAAAAAAAAUACUUGCUGUUUGAGUAUGCUAAAAGGGAUAUGUUCUUGCUUUUUUGUGAAUUUGCAGUUGGGUAACAGUGGCCUUUCCUUCAUGGCUUAAGCAUUUUGCUGACAAUGUAAUUACUAGACAGAGAAAAGUGCACUAGAAAUGGUAUUUCCCCCCAGAGUAAAGGUAACCCUUCUCAAAUUCUUGUGGUACAUUAACCACCAUUUAGUGUAAUUUUAACAUUUGAGAGAUGUUGCUGUGGUGGAUGUACGGCCAAUUCCUUUUUUUCCCCCUUUCCAUCGAAUUUAGAAGAGAAUCUAAAAGUCACAACUUGCUUUUGAAGGUAUAGCUUUUUGAAAUUCAGUUAGAAGAAUAUGAUUUCUUUCCCGAGGUGAUUUAGACCAUUUGAUUGCAUUCCAAAAUAAAGGGAUCGAUUCCAUGAUUACAAGGGAAAAGAAAAUGGUAACGACUUUACCAUGCCGAGUUCCCCUAAAUAGUUUUUCCACAUCAUGAAAAUAGAAUUAGAACCUUCUUGAACCAUCUGAAUUGAAACCAAUACGAUGACAAUUUCAUUCACUUCAGUGGAUUUCAGUUUUUAAUCCAGUUAUUUACUGCUGUAGUGAAAUUGUUUGGUGUUUUUGUUUCAUCAUUGUUAUUUUUCCUUAUAAGUUUUUUUGUUUUGUUUUGUUUUGUUUUUUAAACAAAGGCUGAAAUGUUGCUCAACCAGCAAGUUUUGUUUUGGUGAGUAAAGGGGUUACAGUGCUCCUUGGGUAAAAUGAUGAGGCACUUAAAAUGAUCUUUUUAUUGAGAAUCCCUCCGAUUUUAAACUUAAUUUAGACUUAAUUUAACAUCCAAUUUGGCGAUGGGGGGAAAGAAAACCCCCCUGAAAGCACUGCUCUCCAAGCUUUGGUUGCAGCACCCUCUCCAAAUUUCCAUGUUUGUCCCUCGAAUUAGUGGGUUUCUCUUUGUUUUCUAUUCCCCUCAUAUCCUGUGUAAGUCUAGUAUUUCGUUGUUCCUCAAAAGUUAAAGUCCACUCCUUCCGUAUGUGUUCAUUUAAGGCCCUGAAUGAAUGAAUGCAUUGUUCCAGGAAUGCUGAGUAUCUUAGCUAUUAAAAAAAAAACAUACAGAUGUUUUGUAUGUGUAUGUUUGUGUGUGUGAGUGUACAUAGGUCCUCAUAUGCACUGUUGAUCUGACGUGAUGUAACGUCACCGCUGACUAUGUGCUUGAGGCUCAGGACUCGUAACAGCGCAAGCCAGCAUCCCGUUUCCCAAAGCAAAGACAUGAUCAGGAGUACUUCGACAUUACAGAAACGUACUUAUUUGUGUUCUUUCUGAAGAUUAGAUAACAGGAUCGAUAACACUGUAACAUCUGCCUGCUCCAUACAAGGCCGGAGCUUAGUAGCUACUUAGCUUAGCUUAGCAUGAAAAUGGAUAAGGGAAGAAACGAAAGAAAAAUCUGCCCCCCAGCAGCUUUUAGACUUCACUAAUUAACAUGCUGUAUCCCAUUUGUAUAAUUAGUACAUAUUUAAAAUGCUGAUUUGUGGUUUUACUAGGUUUUUUUUAAGGUGCAGAAACUUCCUGGAGUCCUGUUGGCACCAUGAGGUUACCUUGCAGAACUGUGAAGUUUGUGUGCACUAGUCCAUCACAUAACCCCGCAAUAAAACCACAAGUUUGAUUUUUUUUUUACAUAUUUCAUGUUUGUACAGAUGAAUACAGAUGUUAAUUAGGGAGCUUGGCGGUGUUGCAGCCAGCCAACUCCAGCUAUCAGUCUGGUGUAAAAACUAAAAUAUUCUGCCAUGUUUGUAUUUAUUUAAAUCAAUUUUAAGCCCAGGAUGCAGCGACACAGUGAUGCUGCUUCUGCAAAAUGGUGAAAUUUGUUAGCAUUAAAGGUGCAAUACAUAAGAAUUGGCCACCUGUAGAAUUUGGGUUCAGCUAACUGUUGCUGGCGUUAGCUAGUUAGCUCAGUUAGAUGUUUGAGUGGCAUCAGUCUUCUCGUCUGAUUCAAAUAAACAAAUAGGCUAUUUGACGAAAUGUCGAACUUCUCCUUCGUGAUCCUUUGAGAAACAGGGACCAGGCAGUCCGUUCAAAGUCGAGCUGCAUUUGAACCCCACCCAGAAAAGCAACACUUAGAUUAGAGCAGACUCCCGGCAGUAAUACCAGUUCAGUUUGGUCGCUGGCUGCAAUAAAUCAAAAUUAUCCCUGACUCUGUGGCAUUGGCCUGAUUGAAAUUAGUGCUAAUUGUGAUUCCCCCUCAAUAUUUAACAGCCAAUUUGACACAACAGCUAACACACGCGUGCAUCUCUUUCUCAGCUCCUGUCACUCCUGCUCGAAGUAAAACAACGAGAAAACAUUUUAUUUUUCCUAACUCCGCCCCGACAGAUGCUCCCUUUUCUUUCUAUGCAAACUUUCUAACGUGGGAAACACAUUGACCUCUCUGCAGACUGAGUCAGUGACGGGACAGGACACUUUAACGCUAUGAUAGGUAGACGUCGACCAAGCCCUGGUACCAAACUCCAAACACCUGUAAAUAUUUAACACUAUAUUUAAGUUCUUGAUAAUAAUCCCAGCUUUUUUUUUCUUUUUUUUUUUUUGUCUUUGAAAUUUUAAAGAUAGAGCUGUAUUUAUCGUUGCUGUCAGCAUAUACUGUAGCUUCAAUUGACAGCAUUAUGUACAUAGGUCACCUUUUAGUAUUAUUUCACAUUGAAAAGUAGAGGGCGUUUUGUGAUGGAAAUGACUAUUGAGCUUCUAAUAGAGUUUCUCUCUAGUUUUGUACUGUAGAACGAAGGAUAGUGCUAACACGGUACAGUAGUGGCAGUCCACUUGUUUUCAAAAGUUUGAUAUAUAAAUAUAUAUAUACAUACGUACAUAUAAAGCUGCUAGAUACAAUCACUAAUUUUAUUGUGUUGACAGAGAAAAAUAAAUCAGCUAUGAACGACUGUUAAACCCUAAUUCUCCAACAGCAUAUAACCAUGACGGUGAGUUUUUAUGUGUGGUGAAAGUGAGCGGACACUCGUGCAUGUGUGUGGGUUGCGCAAGUGUUACUAUAUACGUGCGUUCUUGUGUGCCCACGAGUGUGUGUUUGUGUGUGUGUGUGUGUGUGUGCGCGCCGUAUGUGUGUAAGUUUCCAGUGUGCGUGCGUGCGGGGUUGGUGUGUAACCAAAUGUUUGGUUGGUUGUCAUAUUCUCCCAUUUGUAAUUGGAUUGCCCUGCAUUAUUGCAAGCUGAACCAAGGUUUGAUGAACCUGAUUAAAACUUGCUGGCUGAGAAGCAAAAAUGUAGGACGUGCAUUUAUACAAAGUGUAGAGAAUGCUGAAAAUAACACUUCUCAUUCUGCAUUAACCAGCACAGUGCAACUUCCUGUCAUGUACUGUAUUAUAUAUGCAACAUGUGUCUGUCUGCUUUAAUAUAUAUAUUUUUUUGACCUGCAUUAUAUAAAGACUUCAGUUUUAACCACUUUGCUGCUAGUCUUUUAUCCUCUUUCGAUCUUGGAAAAUUUGUGCAUAUCUUUGGGGAAUGCAUACAAGUGUACAUUCUUGACAUUGUGUAGAUUAAAAAAAAGAAAAAAGCUAUAUAAACUUGUUUCUCUUCAGUGUAUUGUUUUAAAAAGGUUACUUUUCACAGCAGUUGAGUGGUUAUGUUUCAAUUCUCCGAUGCUUUGGUGCACUGAUGAUACUCUAUGUAAGCUUUUUUUCAUCUUACAGCGCUUGAUGUAACAUUUAUGUGAUUAGUUCUAAAUAGUGGAAGACAUUUGUGUUUUGAAACUUGCAGUAUAAAUGGUACUACUCUUAACUAUUCUGUAAACACUGCCUGUUUUCUUUCUUUCUUUUUCUUUCCUUCUUUCUUUCUUCCUUUCACUCUCUCUCUUUGUGCAUAUUUCUUUCCUGUGCAUCCUUUUGGGUUUGUUUUUUUUUUUGUUUUUUUCUCUUGAAGUUUCUUAGUGCCAUCGGCUUUCACAUCCUGACAACCUCAAAAAAGUGCCUCACGUCCAUCCUAGUUUCCAUUUUUAUAAUUUAACAUCUCUCGUUCUGGUUCUAUUGGUUUCUACACGUCUAGGUAUUUCUUAUCAUGGUUCGAGAAUACCAAGUAUAUGAUGUAAAAUUUAUAGUCCCAAUAACUCAUGUCAUAGUUGUAUUUUCUUUAUACAGAUGUAGCUCGUUACUUUUCAUAAAUAUAUAAUGUAAAUAUGCAUACAUAUGUUUGUAACUGUUUUUAUGUUACAUCAUACACUUGUAAUUUGACAUAUCAAAUAACAUUAUCAUAAUAAAAUGGUGAGUUUUAA